AUGUCUCGGCAAUCGACAUUCUCGAAUACUAUCCACUUGCGAGACUUUGUGGAUAACAUCAAGGACGACCCGAGCCGGGAAAACGCCGCCAACUACGUCGAGAUCCAGGCGGAGAUCAACAUCUUCGAGGAGGACGGCUUCUAUAGUUGCAGUAUCGAUGUCGAACCUAUCCGCACCCGCAUCCAUGCCUACCUGACACGAGAAAAACGAAACCUCUACGUCCCUAAUACCUUUUUCUAUGCUGACGGCUGCUUCUCCGCCACCCCGUCUGCCGAUGGCACCCUGGACAGUAGCGUCCAGGUCCUCAGUUCCUCUAGUCUCUCGAGACACCCGGGGGACCCGUCCGACUUUGACGAGUAUCGGCGCCACUUGCCAGAACAAUGGUGCCCGAUGGUGACCAUCACCGGCUCCGUGUCGGCUCGCUCCGACGAUCCCCCUGACCCCUCGGAACCCCGCCGCUUCACUCUCGAAACGUCCGUCUACGACACGUCAAAAGCUGCUCCGGUUCCCUUCUCGGUCGCCUGCUUCCUGCAAAACACGAAGCGUUGGGAAAAGGUCAAGAUCCCCGCAGCGGGAGACUUGCUCAGCAUCACCGCCAAGGUGGCUGGCCGCACCAGACACGAAUCAACUCGCCCUCCGCGUCCUCAGUCUGGCCUAUAG